UGUAAUUAUACAUAAAUAUUAAAAGGGUUUGUGUUUUGUUUUUCAGAUGAGAGCUGAGUUUCAAAUCCCCUCGCCAAUUGUUGAGACAAGAGAGAGUUGUUUUGGGAGGUUUUGCAAACAAUUAGCCCCAUAUACAUGGGGAAUUGUUGAUGUUUCCUUGGAAGAUCUCUUCCCUUAUCCAUUACCUGUUGGUUUUAGAAGAAAACCUUCUGGCUGUUUAAUCCAAGCAUCUCCAAAUGAUCUCUCCAAGGUGAUAUGGGUAGAACAUAUGGAAGUUGAUCAGCAAACAAUAAUGGUUAAUGAAAUGUACGAAGCUUACAUCAAUUCAGGAUUGGCAUUUGGUGCAAAGCGAUGGGUUUCCUCUUUGGUUAGACAUUGCACUUGGGAAGCUACUUUAAUGGCUAAGAGUUGUUCAACACUCAACGGAGUAUUACUAUUACAAGCUGGAAGGUUAAGUGUGUUGAAGUUGGCUGAGAGAAUGACAAAGAGUUUCUACAGAAAUGUGAGUAGUUCUAAAGAAAAUCCAUGGGUUAAAAUUCCCUUUCCUGGACCUCAAGACAUUAGGGUUGUGGUGACCCCAAAUCUCAAUGAUGAUCCUGGAAGACCUCCAUGUACCUCGGUGGUUUUCGCCACCUCCGUUCACGUUCCGACCAACCCAAAGCAUCUUUUCCAUUACCUUCGUCAUGAGAAGUCUCGUAACAAGUGGGACAUCCUUUCAUACGGUCAUGUCAUUACAGAACUUUCUUGCAUCAUCAAUGGCACCGAUUCAAGAAACAGAGUGUCCAUAAUUCAAGUGAACUCAGCACCAAGACGAAUCGAAAUCUUUUACCUGCAAGAGAGUUUCUUUGACGCAUCGGGGUCCUAUAUAGUCUUUGCACCUGUUGAUAUCUACGCAAUGGCAGUGGUCUUACGUGGAGGAAACCCAGAUUACGUGGCUAUCUUGCCUUCUGGCUUCGCAAUCCUUCCCGAUAGACCAAGAAUGAAUGGAGAGGAAGAUGUAGCUGAUGGAAGCAUUUUAACGGUUGCUCUCAACAUCAUCGAUCAUUCAGUAACUCAACGAGUGCCUUUUCAAUCAAUGGUUUCGAUGCAUAGAAUUAUGACCGAAACUGUUGCCUCAAUCAAGGGGGCUUUCAAAAUUCAACAAUUUUGA